UUUUUUUUUUUUUUUUUUUUUGAAGCUACCAAAAUGCUGUUGUUGACUCGAUCGUUGGGACGCUUGGCCACCGCUGCAGUUCGGUCUCCCUCGGCUCUCCCAGCGCGCACCAUGUUCACAGAGGCCAUCCCAGCGCCGCCGUCCGUGAACCGCUUUGGAAUCGCCAAGGUGAUCGCCGUUUGCGCUUUGGGCUACGCUGCUGGCGCAACCCUUGCGCACCACACUACUGACUACCUUGAGGAAUCAGAGAUCUUCGUCUACGAGGACGACGAUGAUUGAACACUUUUAGCCAACUCCUUUUCCUUGUUUUUGCGAUGUAAUGGUGAUUGUUUGUUUUGGUGGUACAGUACUU